UCUGCGCCGGCGCAGUUUGCAGGCCCUGCCCCAUCGCCCUCCGGCCCGCGCUUCCUGUCCCCAACAUGGCAGCUCCCUGUGUGUCCUGCGGCGCAGCAGUUUCCUACCGGCUCUUUCUUGCGGGUAGGGUUAGCUUCGCCCGGGAACAAGGCCUCUGGAAAGCCGCGGCUUCUGGGCUGCAGACAGGUCCCAGAUGCCAGAUAUUAAGGCUCAAACAUUCCCCGGCUGUAACAACAAAGAAAAAUGUUGCAGCCUUAAGACGUGAAAGUUACACGGUGGACUUUAUUAAAAAGCAGAUUGAAGAGUUCAACAUCGGGAAGAGACACUUGGCCAACAUGAUGGGGGAGGACCCAGAAACUUUUACCCAGGAGGAUGUUGAUAAGGCGAUCACUUACCUUUUUCCCAGUGGUUUGUUUGAGAAGCGAGCCCGGCCCAUAAUGAAGCAUCCCGAAGAGAUUUUUCCAAAACAGAGAGCUAUCCAGUGGGGAGAAGAUGGCCGCCCGUUUCAUUUUCUCUUUUACACUGGCAAACAGUCAUACUAUUCAUUAAUGCAUGAAGCGUAUGGAAAGGUGCUCCACGCAGAGGAACGGCAGGACCAGCUGCGAGCCAAGGGUCUGUUUUCAGAAAAAUCUAAAUCCAAAGACCCAAUUGGCAGCAGAUGGCUGAUUAAGGAGGAACUGGAAGAAAUGUUAGUAGAAAAACUGUCAGAUCAAGACUAUGCACAGUUCAUCCGGCUGCUGGAAAGGUUAUCAGCCUUGCCGUGCGAUGCAGUUGAAGAGGAAUUUGUGGGCAGGUUCCGCAGGACAGUGACCGUUCAGUCAAAGAAACAUCUGAUCGAGCCUCUGCAGUAUGAUGAGCAGGGCAUGGCCUUCAGCACAGGCCAAGGUAAGAGAAAGACUGCAAAUGCGGAGGCGGUUGUUUAUGGCCAUGGCAGUGGGAAGAUAGAAAUCAAUGGGGUCGACUACCUGCUCUACUUCCCAGUGACCCAAGACAGAGAGCAGCUCAUGUUCCCCUUUCAUUUCCUCGACCGGCUUGGGAAGCACGACGUGACCUGCACGGUGUCGGGGGGCGGGCGGUCGUCGCAGGCGGGGGCCAUCCGCCUGGCCAUGGCCAGAGCCCUGUGCAGCUUCAUCACCGAGGAUGAGGUUGAAUGGAUGCGCCAAGCUGGACUGCUCACCACGGAUCCCCGUGUCCGAGAGCGUAAGAAGCCAGGCCAGGAGGGCGCCCGCAGGAAGUUCACCUGGAAGAAGCGCUGAGUGUCCCUCGCGGGAAAGCGAGGGGCGCACGGGAGACCAGGGCCGGCUGGGCGGCUGCCUCGUGAGAUGCGAUGCUGUGAAGGUCACCUUCUGAAAAGAGUUACUUAAAAUGUUUUAGCUUGUUUUGCUGCUUCACUUUUAAAACUUUUUCAGAAGAGAGUUUUCAAAGCCUAACUCAGACUCUUGGCAUAUUCGAUCUGAAAGGAACAUUCAGCAAAACCCAGCCAGGAGACCUUUCUCAAAUGGGAAGGCCCAGCCCACGGAUCUGAGCUCUGGAGCCACACUGCUGACCUAAGAGCAGCACAGACUUGAACUCCAUCCUCCACAUGCUGUCGCUUUUCCAGACAGCUACACGUUGUUCACAAUUGAGGGGUGAGAUGCUUGUCGAAAAGAGAGGAGCCAGCGCAGCGUCUUUGUCAGGAGCCCCGCCGAGUCGCUGACGGCGACAGGCCCGCCUCUCCCGGGGCCCCCGGCAGCCACCGGUCCUCUGUCUGUUUCUAUGAGUUUGACUUUUGUUUUUUUUCUUUAAGAUUCUACGUAUAAGUGAUACCACGCAGUGUUUGUCUUUCUCUGUCUGGCUUAUUUCACGGAGCACGGUACCCUCCAGGUUGGACACGGACUUGCACUCACAGGAUGAAUCAGUUCCGAGGCUCUGGGCUCGCACGAUGCCCUGGGAGUCCCUCCCUGUGACGCUGGGAACCGCGGGCAUGAGGCGGGUUUGGGGUUUUGUAAAGGACAGUAAGUCUGGUCUUCCUGUGCAGCCCUGGAUACAGCAGACAGUGUGGUGAGAGGGCCUGGCCCAGGGGGAGCAGGGGUUGAGGGCCCUGGGCGUGAUCUCUGCCUGUCUGGGAGGGGAGGACACGAGUGUCCACUUUACCUUCCAAAUGUGAUACAGGCAUUGGGGGGUCAGGACAGUCUGCAGGCCCGCAGGGCCCCAGUAGGUGCCUGGUCAUCGUGGGUUGUGAUUCUCAUCAUGAAACCCACCCACCCCCAACCCCCAUAUCCUCUAUUGUUCAGUUAUCCACGUGUGUGCAGGGGUCUCAGUCUGGAUGGGUGGGGGGAGUCAUGGUGUGAACAGGCAGUGUCCUUGAAAAUGAAGGAUGCUUCAUUGCCUUGGCCCCUCAGAACAAACAGAAGCACGAUGCUCUGGAUGGAAUAGCUAGCUGGACGCUACAGACCCAGAGCUUCCACGUCUGUUACGACGUCCAGGCUACACCCCACUUGACAGCCCCAUAGACACGGGUGUGUAGCCCGCAUACACGAGGGAGGUGGCCAACUACGAGGACCUCUCAGUAUCUAUAAGGGAAGGUCAGCCCAUCGUGUUUUCACGAUGCUGACAUCAGGCACCUCUAUCAUGAAGGCUGUGACCCUUUCCACCAAAUUAACUGUCAAGGAGGGGCUUCCCUGGUGGUCCAGUGGUAAAGAAUCCGCCUUCCACUGGAGGGAGGGGACGCAGGCCUCUUCCUUGAUAGGGGAACUGAGACCACACAUCUGGGGGCCUGCCAAGCCUGCACGCUACAACUCGAGAAUCCCAUUCUCUGCAAUGAAGACCCCACCCAGCCAAAAAAAGAAAAAGUUUAAAAAUGUCAUCAAGGAGCCAUAAAAAUCAACAUCUCACAAAAAUACUGCCACCUUCUUUGGUGACCAGCCUUGGGAUAUAGAAAUUUUUCUUACUAUAUGUAAACCCUUGGAUAAGAAACAAUAAACUCAUUAUUAAAAAUUG